CGGCAUGCAGCCCCUAAGAAUAUAACUAUUGGAGCUGAUCGAGUCUUUAAUUAUUAGGUGAAGAAGAUAUAUACGGAGUAUAUAUUCUCCAACAUGUUUCUUCCUAUGAUCUUUUCAUUACUUCUCCUCCUCCAAGAAGAAGUAGCAAUGGCAUCAUCAGAUCUGGACAAAGACAAAAAAGCCCUUCUCGACUUUGUGGUUCCCCAUGGGCUCGGGUGGAAGCCCGCCGACCCAAUAUGUAGCUCUUGGGCCGGCGUGGCCUGCAACUCGGACCGAAGCCGGGUAGCCGAGCUCCGACUAUCCGGCUUCGGGCUGUGCGGUUCCAUACCGGAAAACACAACGCUCGGGAGACUGGAUGCGCUCGAGACGCUGCACCUGGAGAACAACUUCUUGGCGGGGCCCAUACCGUGGGGUCUGGGCCUCCUCCCGCGCCUCAAGAGCUUGAACCUAAGCAACAACGGUUUCAGUGGGCCCGUCCCCCCGUCUCUGCUCGAAAGGUUUCCUCCUACGUCGUUCGGAGGGAACCCUUCGUUGGCGACAAGCGGGCUGGCCCCGCCAGAAGUGGCCAUUCCCCGGUUGUUGUCGUCUUCAUCAGGAAAGAAGAAAGGAAAGAACCAUGAAGAUAAGGGGUGGACUUUGACAGGGGUACUCACUGUUGUGGUUUUGGCCGUUGUUUCGGUUUUUUUACGUGGUCAUAGGGGAGCAAAAUAAUAGGGCCGCCAGAAGUGUUCUUCUUUUGACAAAUUGUUGUUGACUUCUAAUUUUGCCCUUGAUGUGAUAGGUAAAAAUAAGAUGUGAUGGAUAGAUUAUAAGAAAUAAAGUAUGAUGUG